GAUAUCGCAAAAUACUUCAUCAUCUUUGGUUGCUGUUUUAUAUCCAGCUAUCUUAAUCUUUGCUGCCACAAAACCAAUCUAGCUAGGGCACUGUAACUUUCCCUUACUUGAUACGCGCCGACUUGCUCAGUCGGUGAGCGACUGUUAUUGCAAAAGCACGUACCUAAAGUAACUGUUGCGAGUACACAACAAACUACUCUACAGGGAACUGGUAGCCAGUAGGUACUCAGCAUUGAAAAUAAAUGUUUUGAAGAAAGGGAACACCGUUAAGUUUUGAAGGACUGUUUCUGUGAGAUAAGCGAAAUGGCAGCCGAUAAACCUGCAGCAACGAACUACAUAGCUACAUUGCUAAAUGAUGCGGCAACUAUCCCGAUCGACGCAGAUGUAAACACGUACGAGAUUCACCACCCGCCCUGGUUUGACGAGAACAAGUUCAAGAGGGGGCAAAAGUUUUACCACGCAAAUCUGACCGGUGCCAUCAAUGGGGCGCUAACCGGCCUGAUAUCGAUUCUGGCGAUUCCUUCCAUUUUGGAUGUGCUCAUUUUUACCGGACAAUCCUCGACCCCGGUGACGGCCUUCAAGCGAUACGUGCUCACGAUUCUGCAUACCCUGAAUUGGUACAGCCAUGAUCUGAAACCGGGAACAGACUUCCACAACAUUUUCCCCCGCUUAAGCUCAUGGAAAUCGUUGGCCUACGUGCGGCGAAUCCACGCCUCCAGUGGGAAGGCAGCCAACCGCAAGGAUCCCAAAAUGAUGGUCUCCCAGAAGGACAUGGCUAUUACUCAGUUCGGCUUUUUGGGCUUCGUGAUAUUGAACCCCCAAAAGCUGGGCAUCCAGUACGUUCGAGAAGACUUCGAGGGUUUCAUCCACUUCUGGCGCACCAUCGGAUACAUGUUGGGUAUUGAGGAUCGAUUCAAUUUGUGCACCGAUAAUCUGGAAACAACCAGGCAACAAAUGCAGCUGGUAAACGAUCAACUUUUGCGUCCGGCUUUGCAGUCGCCCAGUUCGGAUUUCGUCUUCAUGACCAAAACCAUGAUCGAUGGACUGUGGGCAUUCAGCAACUUCCUUGAGUAUGACGCCUACAUGUUUCUGACCCGGCGGAUUUGCAACGUCCCCGGCCACUAUUAUUGGGAUUCGGACGAGCGAGACGGAAGUCCAGCGGUGUACAAACAGCUCGGAUGGCACAGCCGCUUCAUGUUGGCAUUCCUGAUGACGGUCAACGAGGUACUGCUCUUCAUUGCCCCCUUCAGAUGGUGGUUCAAUCUGCAAACUGUGAUCAACACCAAGAUCGUCAAUCGAUACUUCCCGGUGCUGGCGAUGAUAAAGUAUGGCAUCAAAAAUGCUUACGUUAGGGUGUUUUACUAGGUUGGAAAAGGUUCUUAACACAUCAAGGACCACAAAAUUCGGUACUUUAUAUCUCAGAAACCACUGAACCAAAUUUUACAAACUAAGUAUGAGUUACUGUUUAAAUUUUUCGAAUGUGUUGAGAAAAUCGUGAUGAAAACUAGAACAGCCAAAUAAACAAUUUUUUCAAAAAAAAUUAAACACAUUUAAUUUUUGGAAGCAUAGAAAAAAAUUAUUAGGUUUUGUAAAUAUAUUUGUUUCAAAAAAAUGAAUCUUUCCAAAAUUUUGUGUGGAGGUCGAUGAUUUUUUUUGUAUAAUUUUAAUGCAUCAUGUACAACAUUCUUGAAGAAAAAUCUUUAAAAAAUACUCGGCUAUAAUUAGCUUAGAUCUCUCAUCAAAUUAAUAAAUCUAUGAUAUUAAAACCUUUUUUAUUCCGUGGUAAAAAAACACGAAUAUUCGAAUUCCAUAUUUUACUAAAUUUGUUAUGGGAAAGUUGGGUAUCAUGGGUCACUUUAUU